CAUUUUUUUUUUUUUUUGUCAGUUUAUCUAUCUGUUAGUUCUAAGCAUAGGGCUUUAGGGCAUGUCAAUUGGCAUGCAUGUAUACUUAUGUAUAUGUUGUUUGCAUAUGUUACAUCUCACAGUGUCCAUGUUUUUUUAUCUUGUGACCUAACUACCUGAUGUCUCCAAUUUAUUGAUCAAUAGCUCUGCAAAACCUCAAUUAAAGCGGAACCCGUCUUCAAUUCUACAUUCUAAUUAGGGAUUUCUUCGACAUUGACGUGUUAUAUUUGUUACUUUUAUUUUUUUGAUCUGGAUAGACAUUUCUGGUCCGGGUCUGUUAUAGGUGUUCACGAUCCAGGGCUCUUGUUUUUCUUUUUCUUUUUACUGUGGCCAACAAGUGACAAGAAUUUGGGGUUUUAAAGCCUUUUUGGUUUUUGGGUAUGUGGAAUCUGGGAUUCUAGCCAGAAUGAUUCACUGAGACUCGUUCGCUAAUGUUGUUGAGUGGGUGUUGCACUUGGGAGGGGUUGUGAUCUUUUCGAAGAAUUCUCAUUCUUAUUCUUGUAUAAACUUUGUUGAUUAAUUCAAUUGACUAUGAUCAAAUGGGUUCUCGUGUCGUUUAUCUCCGAUUAAAUUGACGGCUUUGGCCAAACAAAUUCGGCUGUUUUGAGUUUCAAAAAAGAAAAAGAAAAAGAAAAGUGAAUUCAAUUCUUGGCGCAAAGGGUUUUUUUUUUUUGGUUCAGAAACAAGUUAUUAAUGCAUAAUAAAUUAGCGUAUACAUCCUAUGACCAUUACCUAUGAAUAAAUAAAUAAAUUAGCAUCGAGCCUCUUGCUGUAAAAAUCUAUGGGAAGUUAUUUCUCAGAAUAUGUAUAUUUAAACAAUUUAUAAAUUUCAUGUUUGGAGAUGAUUAACAUUUUUCUUACUUUUUGGGUGAUUCAGCGGGAGUACCUUUAUGUUUAGUAGAAAUAUUACAGUUCGAUAUUUUGUUAUUUUAUUUGUAACUCUAAUUUUUUGCUCUGCCCAUCCUAAUCCAUUCAAAUUAAUAACACGGGAGGAUAUAAAUAACUCAAUGAAAAUUCUAUGGAUAUAUACUAAUCUAAUUGGUUACAUGAAUUUUUUUAUUAACAAGUUAUUGUUAAUUUUUCAAUUGACGAUUAUAUAAUUUAGGUAUAAUUUCUUAGCAUUUAGCAUUUUAUAUUUUUGCAUUUGAAUUUCAAUAAUUAUAUAUAUUGGUGAAGCACUUGGUUUGGGUUUGGAUUGUUUCAAUAAAUGUGGAGAUUAGGCUUGUUAUAAAUAAAUCUAUACUUGGUAUUUCUAACACCUUCCUAAUAAUCAAAGGAGAGAGAGGAAAACAAAACUCUUGAGUGUGAACCUUAAUUAUAUGUCACAAUAUACCAUUGAAGUUUAAGUAACAUUGUAAUCUCAGGACAGGUUAUUUCUCUUCCAAGUAUGUCAUCUUGGUUCUAAUGUGGACGAUUGAAUUGAUCUUUACCGAGUUUAUUUUUUCCAGUUGAACAGACUGGGUUUCAUUUUGUCAAGUGAAAUGAUAUCUGGUAGCUUGCUAGUGUUUGGGAUCGUAUGUUGACCGACUUGUACAUAUUUAAACUUUGGAAAUUUACAAACUUGCGAACUAACAUGGGAUUUAGAUUUUUUCAACACCAGGAAUAAUUUGGAAACAAGAAGGUCAACCGAGAAAUUUGAUAAUGAUUGGGGAAGAGAAAAUAUUAAGAAUGAACUUGGCAAGAAAAAUUAUUUGCAAUUAAGUUGCUCAAACAACUCUUUAUGGUGCUUGUGACUUUUACUAGUUAUGGCAUUGCAUUGCAUCUGUUAAUAGUUUUAUGAAUUGAGAAUGCAAGUAGUGAUUGACAAUAGUUGUACAAGUUAUGCGACACUGACGCGAAAAAAAUAAAUCAUGAUUUUCUAAUCUGAAACUUCUUUUAUUCAAAUGCGUUUAUAAAAUUGACAAGAAUAGAAUUCUCAAUAACCAUUGCCAUGUAUGAUGUUUUAUCUAAUGCUCCGGAUUUAGUUUGUGAGGGUGGUGAAUGAGAUCUCACAUUGCCGGGUUUAAAACGAAUUAUUUUGUGGUGCAUUUAGAGGGAAAGGAACGACAGGAGCUUUGAAGAUCUGGAAUGCUUAAUAGAAGAACUCAUAAAUUUCUUUUUAAAACAUUAUUUCUUUGAGCUAUAGCUGUAUAUUUUAAUGGAGUUAGUUUUCAUGAGUUUCUUGUACUUAUCCUCAUUGGUGUUUUCUCUUGUUUAUAUUCUGUGUACUUGGGAUAUGCAAACUUUAUAUGACGAAGGCAUGCGAUUGUCUUGCCUCUUUCUAUGUUCUGAUAAAAUUUGCUUCUUAUUAAAAAAUUUAAAAGAAGAAGAAGAUUCCAAGGGCUCCCAUUGUAACCUUGAACAAUCCUUUUGGAUUAUAAAUCCAUAUGUGCCUUGAGUUUUCCUUGGAUCGUAACAAAUGAAGCCCUUGGAAUUCUUAUAAAGUGCAAUGACUUCUUGCCCCCACAAUUUCAAGAUUUUCAAGAUUUCUCCUAUCUCCAACCAGAAGUAUGGGAUUUAAGCAGUGCUAUUCACAAUGCAGCGUUGGCAUCACAUCCACAUUAUGUCUCUGGUACCAUGGCAGAAGGGAUCUCCAGCUGCACCAUGGACUAUUUCAUAUAUUUUUACUCUUCUACACUUGUCUGACUCUUUAUAUUGGGUUGAGCUUUAUUUGACCAGAGAGGUGAGUUGGGGCGUAAUCAGUGAGAUCGGAAUCAUCAUAUGGCAUUACAAAUCUCAGUCUAAAAUCAUGGAAGUGCUUCCUUAUUCUGGUGUCCAAUAUGUUGGAGAAUCUGAUUGUGCCCAGCAGAGUUCAGGAACGACUUCUACUCAUGAUAAUGAAUCUAAAUGCCUCGAGAAUGGAAAGCAAGUUCAAGUGGCAGAUGGUCGACAGGAGGACUUAAAUGUGGAAGGGUCUCGAGUGGCAAAAAAAGAUGAAGGUCUUGGGACAUUUGAUGAAUUGCCUUCUCCAGAAGGCCACUGCCGUGGAGCUCCAUAUUGUGAUUGUCAGUUGGAGGGUCAAAAUUUAUCUUGUGGUUCCCAUGAUUUUGAAGUUGAUGAUGUAAAUGCACAGAAUCGCAGCUUGAAACCUUGCAGAGUCUCUGAGAGCUCUCAUAUAAUUGUGCAUACCAUUGAAGGUGAAUUGCCAAACAACAGGGAGGAGGGGUCUUCUCUUUCAGAGCCCACGUGGUUAGAAGGGGAUGAAUCAGUGGCACUGUGGGUCAAGUGGAGAGGAAAGUGGCAGGCAGGAAUCAGAUGCUCGAGGGCUGACUGGCCGUUGGCUACUUUAAAAGCAAAGCCAACACAUGACAGGAAGAAGUAUUUGGUGAUAUUUUUUCCACACACAAGAAAUUAUUCAUGGGCAGAUAUGCUACUUGUCCGUCCAAUAGAUGAAUUUCCUCAGCCUAUUGCAUAUAAGACAUAUAAAGUAGGAUUAAAAAUGGUUAAAGAUUUAACUGUUGCACGCCGAUUUAUUAUGCAAAAACUGGCUGUUGGCAUGCUGAAUAUCGUUGACCAAUUUCAUGCUGAGGCUUUGAUAGAGACUGCUCGCGAUGUGAGGAUCUGGAAGGAGUUUGCUAUGGAAGCAUCCCGUUGUACGUGUUAUUCUGAACUUGGAAGAAUGCUUUUGAAGCUGCAGAAGAUGAUACUUCAGCAUUACAUAAAUUCUUACUGGCUACAACAUGAUUUUCACUCUUGGGCACAAGGAUGUGAGAAUGCACAUAGUGCUGAAUCCAUUGAAAAGCUGAAGGAGGAUUUGUUUGAUUUUAUUUUGUGGAAAGAAGUUAACUCUCUCUGGGAUUCACCUGUGCAACCCACAUUGGGUUCUGAGUGGAAAACCUGGAAGCAUGAAGUUAUGAAAUGGUUUUCAACAGCUCAUCCAGUAUCCAGUGCCAGAGACGUGCAGCUGCAAACAAGUGAUGAUCUCUUGAACACAAAUCUCCAACUUAGCAAGAAGAGGCCAAAGCUUGAAGUUCGUCGUGCAGAGCCACAUGCUUUUGCGGUGGAAACAUUUGUAUCUGAUCAAGCAAUAACUCUUGAGAUUGACUCUGCAUAUUCUAAUGGUCAAGAUGCUGUAAGUGCUGCUACAUCAGCAUCACAACACUGUAAAGGGGACAAGAUAAAGGAGAUAGCUUCUCCUAUAGGUACACCUAGUUUUGUGGUUAAUAAAUGGGACAACGUUGUAGUUGAACCUGAAAAUUCUGAGUUAAUUCAAACCAAAGAUAUGGAGUUGACACCUGUUAAUGAAGUGGCUGCUACUGAAUCCUUGGAACCUGGGAGUAAGAACCGACAAUGCAUCGCUUUUAUAGAAGCUAAGGGAAGGCAAUGUGUGAGGUGGGCAAACGAUGGUGAUGUUUACUGCUGUGUGCAUUUGUCUUCUCGGUUCAUAGGUAGCUCUGCUCAAGCAGGAAGAACUGCCUCGGUUGGUAACCCGAUGUGUGAAGGUACCACUGUUCUUGGUACUAGAUGUAAGCAUCGGUCUCUAUACGGCUCCUCAUUCUGUAAGAAACACAGACCUCAAAAUGAAUCGAAAGGGACAUUAAAUUUCCCAGAGAUGCUUAAGAGAAAGCAUGAGGAGGACCUUCCCAGUUCAGAAACCACAGAACGCAAAGAAAUGGCAUAUAUGGGAGAAGUUGAAAGUCCCCUUCAAGUGGAUCCAAUCUCAGUCAUGGCAGUUGAUGCCUUCCAUGGAAGGAACAGCUUAACUGAAAAGCCUGAGCAUCCUGGCAAGGAUUACAAUGGAACAGAGAAGCUGCACUGCAUAAGCUACUACCUGCCCGAUAAUCUCAAUCCAUGUCUGGAAAGUCCAAGGCACCAUUCAUUAUACUGUGAGAAACACCUUCCCAGCUGGCUUAAACGUGCAAGGAAUGGUAAGGAUAGAAUUAUAUCAAAAGAAGUGUUCGUAGAUCUUUUGAGGAAAUGUUGUUCACAAGAGCAAAGGUUGUGGUUGCAUCAAGCGUGUGAGCUUUUCUACAAGCUCUUUAAAAGUAUUUUAUCCCUGAGAAACCCAGUGCCUAGGGAGGUUCAAUUUCAGUGGGCCAUAUCUGAAGCCUCUAAAGAUUUUAGCAUUGGCAAUUUCUUUACAAAGUUGGUUUACCAUGAGAUAGAGAGACUCAGAAAGAUUUGGGGCUUCAGUGCUGAUGAAAUUGUGCAAGUUUCCACCUCUAUCAUGGAAGAACAGGUGGUGUUGCCAAUGGCAGUCGAUGAUAGUCAUGAUGAUGACAAUGCUAUUAGGUGCAAAAUCUGCUCAGAGGAGUUUCUUGACAAUGAAGCACUUGGUAGCCACUGGAUGGACAUUCAUAUAAAGGAAGCACAAUGGCUGUUCAGAGGUUAUGCUUGUGCCAUCUGCCUUGAUUCCUUUACUAGUAAGAAAGUCCUGGAAACACAUGUGCAAGAGAGACACCAUGUGGAAUUUGUGGAACAAUGCAUGCUUCUCCAGUGUAUUCCUUGUGGAAGCCAUUUUGGGAACACUGAAGAGUUAUGGUUGCAUGUCCUUUCAGUUCAUCCUGUUGAUUUCAUGCCAUUAAAAGCUGGUCAACAGCGUAAUCUGCCUGGUGGUGAGGAUUCUCCACAGAAAUCUGAGCUCUACAAUACAGCUCCUGUGGAGAAUAACACUGAGAAUCUAGGGUGUUUCCAAAAGUUUAUUUGCAGGUUUUGUGGGUUGAAGUUUGAUUUACUACCUGAUCUUGGCCGUCACCAUCAAGCUGCUCAUAUGGGGCCAAGUUUGGUCAGCUCUCACCCCUCAAGGAGGGGGAUACGUUAUUAUGCUUAUAGAUUAAAAUCUGGAAGACUCAGCCGUCCUAGAUUUAAAAAAGGUCUAGCAGCAGCAUCACAUAGAAUCAGGAACAGAGCCAAUGCCAGUAUGAAGAAACACAUUCAGGCAUCAAAGUCCCUAAGCACUGUAGGGGUAACUUUACAGCCUCAUGUAACUGAGACAGCAAGUCUUGGUAGAUUGACAGAAUCCCACUGCUCUGCAGUUGCAAAGAUUUUGUUUUCUGAAUCUCAGAAAACCAAACCUCGGCCUAACAACCUUGAUAUUUUAUCUAUUGCUCGUUCUGCUUGCUGCAAGGUCAGUCUUGUAGCAUCCCUGGAAGGGAAGUAUGGUGUAUUGCCAGAACAUUUGUAUCUGAAGGCAGCCAAGCUCUGCAGUGAGCAUAACAUUCAAGUUGACUGGCACCAAGAGGGGUUUAUAUGUCCUAAAGGUUGUAAGGCAUUCAAGGACCCAGACUCGCUGUCUCCGCUGUUGCCUUUUCCAUGCGACUCUGUGAAGUACGAAGCUGCACAACAAUUAGAUCCAGUUAAUGAUGAGUGGGAUGUGGACGAGUGCCAUUAUAUUGUUGACUUCCACCAUUUGGGACAGAAGUCCAUGCAAAAGGCAGCUGUCUUGUGUAAUGAUAUAAGCUUUGGGCAGGAACCAGUUCCAGUAGCCUGCAUUGCCAAUGAGGGUGUCUUGGAUUCUAUACACAUCCGCAAAGAUGGCUCUGAUUGCCCAAAUGUGAUGCCUUGGGAAAGCUUCACAUAUGUUAUGAAGCUGUUUCAAGAUCAAUCUGCUGGUCGCGAUACAGAGAGCUUACAAUUGGGUUGUGCCUGCCCAAAUUCAACAUGCUAUCCUGAAGGAUGUGAUCAUGUAUAUCUCUUCGAUAAUGACUAUGAUGAGGCAAAAGACAUUUAUGGGAAACUCAUGCACGACAGGUUCCCAUAUGAUGAGAAAGGCCGGAUCAUCUUGGAGGAGGGUUACCUUGUUUAUGAAUGCAAUCAUAUGUGUAGUUGCAGUAGAACCUGUCCUAAUAGGGUUUUACAGAAUGGAGUAAGAGUGAAGCUGGAAGUCUUCAAAACGGAGAAAAAGGGAUGGGGACUCAGGGCAGGUGAAGUAAUCCUGCGUGGCACAUUUGUAUGUGAGUACAUUGGGGAGGUCUUGGAUGAGAAGGAAGCAAACAAGAGGCGGCACAGGUAUAGGAAAGAGGGUUGCGGCUAUCUGUAUGACAUUGAUGCUCAUUUCAAUGACGUGAACAGAUUGAUUGAAGAACAGGUCCGAUAUGUGAUUGAUGCCACAAAAUAUGGAAAUGUUUCCCGGUUCAUCAAUCACAGCUGCUUGCCAAAUCUUGUGAGUUACCAAGUUCUUGUGGAAAGCAUGGAUGGUCAGCGUGCACACAUAGGUCUUUAUGCAAGUCGUGAUAUAGCUUUGGGCGAAGAACUGACAUUCAACUAUCGGUAUGAGCUGCUCCCUGGAGAAGGAUAUCCAUGUCACUGUGGAGCUUCCAACUGUCGGGGCCGCCUUUAUUAAAACUUCAAUGUGGUCUGCCAAUCCAGUCUAGACAAUCCUGUGCUUAAAAUUCUAUUGCUGGGAAUGGGAGAAUCUGAGAUGGGAACAUCAAUCCAAUUACCAACUGGCCCGCCCACUCACCAACAUUCUUAUUGAGGUUUUGUCUUAACUUCAGAUCCUGCAUAACAUAGCGUCCUACCUUUCCCUUUUGUAGAUAAUAGCCUAAGCUAAUUGUAUACAUCUUUCUAUGAAUGAACGAGGAUGACACCUCAUUUUGUUUUUCAUUCUUUUAUUUGGCAUAUUGUUUUCAUUUGUUAGCGAGUUGUAAUGUUUCUUCU